UUAAAGACUUCCUUCCAGAAUCGAUGGAGUUUUUGUCCAAGUAUAAGCACAUUAUUAAUUAUUUAGACGUAUUUCUUUUAGCCAAUUUUUCGUGCAGGAAGUCUCGCGCGAGUGAGUCCGGCGUGACAUAACGCACGAUCUCUCAAUGAUUGGCCAAUCUCGUGACAACAAAGAAACUUCCGUUCCGUGACGUUCCGUGACGUGAAUCCGGCGUCAUUUCGUAAUAACAGUCAUUUUCGUUUCGUUUCGCGAUCAAAAUCCGUAAUUGAGUCACUAAGUAAUUUAUUUCAUUCAACAUGGAUACAACUGUAGAUGUGGAAAUUUCGACAUCAAACAAUGAACGAACAAGACUUAUUCCGAAAAGCAGUUCUCGAAGAGUCUUAUGCGCUACAUUAAUUUCUGUUUGGGGGACGCUUAGCUUUGGAUUCUGUGUAGGUUAUUCCUCUCCGGCCUCGUAUGAUUUGGAGUCAGUCGCGAGUCAAGAUAUCCGUUUGAGUAGCUCACAGCAAUCCUGGUUUUCGUCUUUGAUAGCAGUCGGCGCUUUAUUUGGAGGAAUCAUCGCAGGAAAGGCAGUCAGCCUGAUUGGUAGAAAAUUCACCAUCAUCCUCGGCGCCAUACCUUUCGAGCUGGGGUGGCUUCUGAUUUUCUAUGCAAAGAAUCAUCUGAUGCUGUACGCUGGGAGGAUCUUCACAGGAGUAGGAUGUGGCAUAGAGACAUUAGCUGUUUCGGUCUAUAUAGCUGAGAUCUCCCCAGCUCGCCUACGUGGAAUGCUUGGCGCAAUGAAUCAACUAGCUGUGACAUUAGGAAUUAUACUAGCUUAUUUAGCAGGAUAUUUCUUCUACUGGGACUGGUUGGCAUUGCUUGGGUGCAUUCCAUCAGCGCUACUGUUCAUAAUGAUGUUCUGGAUGCCAGAGAGCCCUCGAUGGUACCUCGAGAAAAACCGGAAAAGCGAUGCGUUGAAAUCGUUGCUGUGGUUACGUGGAUCUCAGACUGGUAUCGAGGAUGAAUGUCGCGAGACUGAGGCUACACUAGAACUCCACGGACAAAUUCAAUAUCAAGAAUUCUUCACUGCUCCAGUUGUCAAGCCUGUCUUGAUCAGUGUUGGUCUGUUAUGCCUACAGCAAGUCACUGGAAUCAACGCAGUGUUGUUUAACGCCGCGAACAUUUUUUCUAAAGCAGGUCUCAGUGAUCCGAAGCUUGUUUCCUUUCCUAUCAGCAUAGUACAACUCGUUGGUACAUUGAUUGCCUGUUUUCUUGUGGACAAAAUCGGAAGGCGCCUCCUUCUAUGGACAAAUGCCCUUGGCAUGGCAAUCUCUCUAAUAGGCCUUGGUAUUUAUUUCAAAGUCUACCAAACUACAAUUGCAAUUUCUUGGCUUUCCAUUUUGACUUCGGUUCUGUUCAGUUUCUUUUUCUCCCUGGCUUGGGGCCCAGUUCCCUGGGUCGUCAUGGCAGAGAUAAUCCCCCUUAGAGCGCGUGGAGUGGGUACCAGCCUUGCCACUAUAAUAUGCUGGAUAAUGUUUUUCCUCGUUACCAAGACAUACGUGACACUGGAGUCUGCGUUCGGAAAUCAAGGCGCUUGUUGGUUUUAUGCCGCAUGGUGUUGUGUUGCCUUUGUUAUCGUUGUCCUUUUUGUACCUGAAACAAAGGGGAAAACGCUAGAAGAGAUAGAAGCGAGCUUUCAUAAUUCUCAGUAAAAGCUCCGUUAAACUCGCUCCA